AUGUCCCGCGGAACGAACGCAGGAUUUGACCGACACAUCACCAUCUUCUCUCCCGAGGGAAGGCUUUACCAAGUCGAGUACGCCUUCAAAGCCAUCGCCCAGAGUGGGCUGACGACCGUGGGAGUGCGGGGGGCCGACUCUGCCGUGGUUGUCACGCAGAAGAAAAUCCCAGACAAACUUCUGGAUUCUUCCACCGUGACCAACAUGUUCAGACUCACUCCUAGAAUCGGCUGUGUGAUGACCGGGCACAACGGGGACAGCCGCUCGCAGGUGCACAGGGCCCGAGUGGAGGCCGGGGAGUGGAAGUAUAAGUUUGGCUAUGACAUCACAGCAGACAUGUUGUGUCGGAGGCUGGCGGACAUCUCCCAGGUUUACACUCAGAACGCAGAGAUGAGGCCCCUGGGCUGCUGUAUGCUUCUAGCAGCCAUGGACCCACAGAUGGGUCCAUUGCUGUACAAGUGUGACCCGGCCGGUUAUUACUGCAGCUUCAGGGCCACAGCGGUCGGAGUGAAACACGUUGAGGCCAACUCUUACCUGGAGAAAAAACUCAAGAAGAAACCGGAGCUGAGCCACGACCGAGCCGUGCAGAUGGCCAUUUCCUGUCUGUCCUCAGUCCUUUCGACCGACUUCAAAGCAACUGAGCUGGAGGUCGGAGUGGUCACCAAAGACAAACCUACAUUCAGGACUUUGACAGAAGCAGAGAUAGAGGUACAUCUGGUCGCCAUCGCAGAACGGGAGUAA